AUGGCGUUGCUGGGACCCCGAUUAUUAAUCGUACUUUGUUCAAUUGUGUGCUGUGCAUUGGCGUUCAAGGCAGCGGUUUACGAACAUGCCGUCAUAUUUCCCCCGAAUAGGAUAGUCGUUUUGUCACGUGACGCAGCGCUAAAAGUUAUGAAAAGGAAUUUAGAUGUUUACAUUGAGCAGUGUAAAGAAGCGGCUACACAGAAAGCUGAGCUAAUCGUGUUUCCAGAGUACGGCCUGUACGGUCUCGGCUGGACAAGACAAACCCUCGCCCCGUACCUUGAGUUUAUUCCAGACCCUGAUACGAUGUCCUGGAACCCUUGUGUUGACCCCCUCCGAUAUAACAAUACAGAUGUACAGCGCCAGCUUAGCUGUAUGGCCAAAAACAGCUCCUUAUAUCUAGUGGUCAAUUUCGGGGCUAGACAACCAUGCAGUGUCGAUGUACACAACUGCCCGUCAGACGGACACUUUCAAUAUAGUACAAAUCUCGUGUAUGAUUCCCAGGGCAAAUUUAUUGCAAGAUAUUUCAAACAGAAUCUAAACUCGGACGAAACGCAUUUUGACAGACCCUCCAUCACAAACUAUACCACAUUCUCCACGCCAUUUGGACGUUUUGGCACGUUCUCUACAAACGACAUUAUGUUUAAAAACCCAGCAAUAACUCUGAUUAAGAACAUGAAUAUAACAAAUAUCGUCUACCCUGCAGCCUGGAAGAACGAACUGCCACUGCUGGCCGCUAUUGAAAUCCACUCUGCAUUUUCAGAAGGCAUGCACGUGAAUUUAAUGGCUGCAAAUUUGCACGUGCCAUCUAAGGGCUACCAAGGAAGCGGAAUAUAUUGGCCCUCGGGCACUUCGAACAACGAGAUCUACUACAACAACAUGUCAGCAGGAAGUGGAGGAAAGCUGCUGGUACACGAUCUCAGUCCGGUGGAUCCCGGAGAUCAAGUUCAGAAUACUAAAAGAGCGAAGACACAAAGGAUGACAGAGAAAACACGUCAUUAUAAUAGUGUAAAUGGAAGCGAUGAAUUCCAAGCUGUGAUGAACCACGACCUGUAUAAUUUCAUUCUUCUAAAUUCCGGAUACGGAGGAAGCUACAAGGUCUGUCAAAACACAUUAUGUUGUGAAACUGGUUUUGAAGGGUUAUUCCAGAAUACAGUGUAUGCUUUAGGUGCGUUUGAUGGAAUCCAUACACACAAUGGCAGAUAUCCCCUGCAGGUCUGCGCAUUUGUUCCCUGUGUCAAUGGUUCUAAAACCAGUUGUGGUCAACCCUCCGUCAAAUCUGUUGGUUAUAUGGACAAGAUGUCUUUUUCUGGAAACUUUUCUUCAAAUCGGUACGUAUUACCGGAAGUGCUGGUAACACUUGACAACUCCACAUUAGACAUUAUUGGGCGCACCUGGCUGUACCAGGAAGCCAUUAUCAUCGAUGUGGGUGUUCCUGGAUCUCCCGUGUCUAUUUCUAUGUACGCGAUCGGCGGUCCCUGA